CCCAACGUUCACAACGAGGACACGCCUGCCAUCACAACGAGCCCCAUAAUACCUAGGUACCCGUACCCAGCCCACCGUCCACCGUCCACCGUCCACCGUCCACCGUCCACCGUCCACCGUCCACCGUCCACCGUCCACCGUCCACCGUCCACCGUCUGUCGUCCAUCGCGCCGUACAGCCCAGGACGCGCUACAAUCCCAUCAUGCGGCCGACGUUUCCAACCAGCUCCGCCACCCAGAAGAUCGGACGAACACCCAGAUAGACCCCCAUCCCCAUCCCCAUCGGCGGCGCGCCAUGAACUGCUGCCGGUGCCCCGCCUGCGAUGCCUGCAGCCGCCUGCCGGCCCUGGAUCCAUUGGCCGAUAUGGUUCCGCGGCUGGUGGUGCGAGUGGUGGUCCUCAGGACUGAGCUUGGGCAUCUUGAGCACCUUGGACACCUUGUUGCGCGCCAUCUCGAUGCGAAGAAGCGGAGACGGCGUGAAGAAGCGGAGACGGCGUGGAGAAGCGGAGACGGCGUGGGGAUGUGAAGACGGCGCCGAAGUGUCAAGACAGCGUGGGCGACGCGGAUCGAGUUGGAUUGUGGUGCUAUUGACGGCGCGAUGGGUAUACAAGGCGAGAUUUUGUCGGCGAGGCAUGUUUUUCGAGCAGGAAAAUGGGAGCAGUCUGACAAGGCGAACCUCCCUAGCUCCUGUCUCGCGGAUUCUGCGUUAUGCCAGUUUGGCAUUGAUCCAGACCGACGAGCCGUGCGGAGGCAGCCGAUGCAAAACGUUGUUUGGAUGGUGAGUCUGUACAUCCGCACUACCGCCUGCUGCUGUGCUCCAAGCAGCAGCAACCACCGCCGGGCCACCUCCACGCCAGCCUCAUCACCACCAGCAGUUACAUGGCUGGGACUACAGAAUCGGGCCGUCGAUCAGAGCAUAUAGAGCCAUGCUCA